AUGAAGACUCUAAUACUUGUAGUAUUAAUUUGUUAUAGUGGCUCUUAAAUGUUAAGAGGUUCCCCAAAGUCUUUAAUUGAAGAAGAACAAGCAAUAUUUCAAAGUGAAUAAGAGGAUUAAAUGUUUUAUGUUGGGAAUAGUGAUGUUUCAGCAGAGACUCUUUAAGGCAAGGAGAACGUAAAUGCAGAAGCUAGUUUGGCAGUAUUCAAAAGUGACGAUACCCCAAUGGUGUACGUUGAAGAGUCAACAGAGUCAACCUAGAAUCAAAAUUUUGAGUAAUAGGAAUCAUUGCAAAUUGAGAAGGUGGAUGAUGAGAUCUAAGCAUAAGAAUUACCUGAAGCAACAAGUGAUUAAGCUAAUUUUGUGGAUAGAGCAAUUGUUUUGGACCCAGAAUAAGACUAAUAAUCAUCAUAGAAUAGCUAAACUGAUGUUGUUUUGAACAUAGCUCCUAAGACAGAGCAAACAAGAAACACAUUUAUGUUUAUAAUCCUUUUGGCUAAGAAACCGUUUGUUGGGAUUAAGUACCCACCCAUGCCAGUGACAAAGGAUCGUAAUUAUCUGUCAAACUCUGAAAGUCUGACUAUCAAAUUGCCUGCAUGGUCUGAGCAAAGUAAUCACAGAGUUGAAGAUGAUUUGGAAUUCUUCCAAUUUAUUAGACCAUCUGAUGUAUCAGUUAAUGAGUAUUGAAAGAACAUUAAUAUAUAAUUCAUAUUUUUUCAA